UUUCCUCGAAAAUAAGGAAGACAAAAAAUCGCAAAAUCGAUGUACCGUUACCUCUUGAGAGAAUGGAAAUUUCAAACACAUGCUCGAAGCGGUCAAAAAUAAAGGGCUUCAGAGAAACAUAAAUGCAAAGGAAUUUGAAACAAAAGAGAAACGAAAUACAGGGUUUGGUCGCAGGGUGUCGGAGAAAUUUUGAAAUUAGUGCGAAGGGUUCAGAAUUUGCAGACUCAAGUAAUUCAAGUGCGGAUUGCACUGAAGUGGUGGAGGGGAUAAUGGUUUUCCGCGUAAAUGGAAGCCGAAGCUUGUUGUGAUGGGUUUUACAGAUCGAAAGGGAGCGCUGACGGAUCGCCCAAGGCGGGCGAGCUGUGAGAGGAGGAACAGGAUUUACCCUCACGGAGCCGAUCACGCGGAGUUUGCCCACAGAAAUAAGCGGUCCAGACAGCAGCAGGAGGAAACGCCCUUUCGUUUCAUUUCCUCCAUUGUGGAGAGCAGGUGGUGCUGGAGUGAGAGCAAAGCCACGGCCAAGCCCAAGUUUGAGUUGCCUCCUCCAAGCCCUCUGAAGAGGACUGUUCAAGGGCCGCACAAACCCACAAAUUUCCAGAAAACUAGGGUUUCAUCAGAGAGCGAACUUGAUAACCAGUUGGAACAGGAAUGGAUGAUGCCGGAAAGGUGUUACGAUACCUCUAACUUAGACUUAAAAUCUCUUGAAUCGUAUAAGAAGAGAAUCGCUGCUCUGCAGGCCAAAUUUGCUUAUACAAGCGGGAAUCACCAUAGUACUGACUGUGCUGGCGUUGAGGACAAAGGCUCUGUCAUUGAUACUUACAGAGGUGGUGAUAGGAUUGAGGAUGAACGCUUUGACGGUGCUACUCAUAGUGUCGGGAUUGAGACCGAGGGCGAAGGAGAAGUCGUUGAUAGUGGGCGCCCCUCUUUCACUCCAGUUGUCCUCGCUGAUGUUGAGAUCAUUAGCGAGAGGGAGGGCGAGAGGGAGGAGGGUAAGCCACCCGAGGAAGCAGUCAAGCGAACGCAAGGAAAGGCUGGAGAGAGAGAUUCAAAAUUGAAGGCCAAUGAAAUGAUUGCGUUGGCCACCGCCGAGUUUGAAGCAUUGGAUGUGGGUAAGCCACCCGAGGAAGGAGAGCUGCAGUACAAGCGAACGCACGGAAAGGUUGCAGAGAGAGAUUCCAAAUUGAAGGCCAUUGCAUUGGAUGUGGGUAAGCCACCCGAGGAAGGGAAGCCGCUGUACAAGCAAAUGCAAGGAAAGGUUGCAGAGAGAGAUUUCAAAUUGAAGGCCAUUGAAAUGGAGAUUGCAUUGGCCCGUGCCAAGCUUGAAGCAUUGCAGUUCAAGACCAAAUACAAGGAAAAGCAAGACGACGAGGAAAAUGAAGAUGACAAUGGAAGUCUUUUAGAACUGGAAAAACAGGUUGUUUCUCUACGUGAUGCACUUGCACCACUUGAUGAUGAAGCUGAAGCUGAGGUAGCACGUGUCUUAAAGGGUCGGAGGAGACAGGAAGUAUUGGUCAUGCAUAAAAGUUCUAAUAUUGAAAUAACAAAACAAACACUAGAAUGUUUGACGCCUGGUGCAUGGUUGAAUGAUGAAGUUAUAAACUUAUAUUUUGAAUUACUAAAAGAGAGAGAGAAACGUGAUCCAGAGAAAUUCUUAAAGUGCCAUUUCUUUAAUACAUUUUUUUACAAAAAGCUUUAUAAUAAGACAAAAUAUGAUUACAAAGCUGUCAGGAGAUGGACUACUCACAGGAAGAUAGGAUACAGCCUUACUGAUUGUGACAAGAUAUUUGUACCUAUCCAUAAGGAAAUACACUGGUGUUUGGCUAUCAUUGAUAUGAGGGCAAAGAAGUUCCAAUAUCUGGAUUCACUUAAGGGAACUGAUGCACGUGUGUUGCAAGUUUUGGCCAAAUAUAUUGCAGAUGAGGCAAAGGAUAAAACAGACCAGGAUCUAGAUGUAAGUAAUUGGGAUCAAGAAUUUGUUGAAGAUCUUCCUGCACAGGAAAAUGGGUGGGAUUGUGGAGUGUUUAUGAUCAAAUAUGCUGAUUUCCAUAGUCAGGAUUUGCCCCUUAGUUUCUCUCAGGAAAACAUGCCCUACUUUCGUACGAGGACUGCAAAGGAGAUCUUGAGACUAAGGGCAGAAUAACUAAACUGUUUCCGAAGAUUGGUUCAUUGAAGUUAUUUUGCUGCUCGAUGGUUAUAGAUUCGUGUUGCUACUUGGUAGUAUGGUAUUAAUUUCCUUGCAGGUUGACCACACUUAUGACAUCAAUUUAGCAUCAGCACCAGCUUUUGGGAGAUUCAAGAUAUAUAUCAUAAUUGGAAUGUCUAUGCUGCAUCUCUCAGCAUAUGCAGUAUAUAUCAAUCUAUUUCAAUGCCUGCUAUAUCACUGUUGUCUUCCAAAGGGCACAGUGAAAUUUAGUGCAUAGCUGAGUCACGCCAUUUCUAGGAUAACAUGGUGGUAAUAGUAAAGUUGCCAUUUUAGAAAUUUCUUUUCUGUAAUCAAGGCUGCAUUUCUUGUAACAAUUUUUGUCGAUUUGGUUUCUUUAUGCUUGCAGCAGGAUGUCUGUUUGCUUUUUUGUCUUGUCAACAAAUUAUUGGAGAGUUUGUUAGCUUUAUGCUGAGACGGAAGCACAUAUCGAUUUAUUCUGUCACCUUUAUGCCCAAUUGGACGAAGCUAUAAAGUUGAAUUGUAAUGUAUAUAUGAGGAGCAAUUCAUGCCUGGAGCAAUGUAACAUUUUGUAUAUGCGAGAGCAUGCACCUGAAGAAACACAAAAAUUACCUUAAGUUGAUAAUGCAAGCAUAUUUGAGGAA